AUGAUUCAACCCAAGUCUACUGCGGCCAGUAAGCAGAAGCCCCAGGUGAGCAACGGAGAGCAAAAAUCCACGUCGACUGGAAGGAACAGAAAGAGGCACUCCGACGGCAAAUUAAAAGAUCCACCACUACAACAACAGCAAUCAACAACCACAGCCGCAUCAGCCGCUACCACAAAGGCAACAACUGCAACAACAAAGGCGAUAGUAGCAAAAAAGCCAAAAACUGCAAAAAAGCCAAACAUCAAAAAGAAUCCAGUCGAUCCAAAAGGCGGCGUUUCAUCCAACUGGCAGCGGUUACAGAGUCAACUUGCAGCUAAAAAGGCCGAGCAGAAGAAAAGGAAAACCAGCAGUGCCCAACAAGAGAAGCAGAUGAUCAAAAAGAAAAAUAAGAAGGUUUUCCCUCUCAAUAACGCUCCAGCUGUCAGCCAGGGAGUGGUCAAUGGUGGAAGCUCUGCUCUGAGCGCUAAUGGCGAAGUUUGGUUCGACGAUGUCGAUCCGUGCCUGGUCCAGUCGUCGAUGAUCUCUUCCAGUAAUUCGAAAAGCGUUCACGUUGGAACUGCCUAUAAGCUCUGCAAGGAGACCUCAUUUGACGGGCUGACCCGUGCCGUGGCGAUGGACUGCGAGAUGGUGGGCACGGGGUACCAGGGCGGAAACUCCAUCCUCGCCCGAGUGUCCAUCGUCAACCUCUACGGCCACUGCAUCUACGACAAGUUCGUCAAGCCAACCGAGGAGGUGACCGACUACCGAACGGACGUGUCGGGAAUCAGACCGGAGAACCUGGCGAAUGCCGAUGACUUCAAAACGGUGCAAAAUGAGGUCUUCUCAAUCAUCCACAACCGCGUCCUCGUCGGCCACGCCGUGCACCACGACCUGAAGGUGCUCUUCCUCUCCCACCCAAAGACGGCCACCCGCGACACUUGCCACUACUUUAAGAAGUUCUUCAACAACCGCAAUCCCUCGCUGAAGAAGCUCGCUGAAACGUACCUGGGCGUGCAGAUUCAGAACGGCGAGCACGACUCGAUCACCGACGCGCAGGCUACCAUGCGCCUCUACACACUCUUCAAGAAGAAGUGGGAGGCAGAGAUUGGAAAGGCGGCCAAACAGAAGCGCCACAAGCACACCAAACAGACGGACAUUGUUCCCCUCAUCAACACCUCUGGAGAUGUCUAA